UAUAAAUACGGAUGCGCUGAGAAAUCUUUGCAGUACUUGAAUAUCGCAGACGAUCGAAACAAUUGACUGCCACUCUGCGGAGUUAAAACAAAGUUGUGCUCUAUGGAAAAUGAUUCAGCAAAUACUGAGGUUUGGAAAUCACUAGUGUACCAAGUCAGUAGCAUAUACAGAGCCUCGAAAGACAACAAUGCUCCUCUCGUCGUUGUGAUCCAGCACAGUUGUCUAGUAGCACUUGGACACGAAUGGAAAAUUUUUGUCCAAUGUCGAACCACACCAAGUCACCAAGAAAGAAAGACAACAAACACGAGCGAUUGGAGAGAAGUCACCGAUGUUAUUCCAGAUGCCAAAGUAGAACAGAAGCAUAACGACGUUGUUGUGACUCUUCCCCAACUAAACGAGGACAUUGAAAUUUCAGCUUUUGGAAUUCCAGGAACAGUAGACCAGAAACGAAUGAAAAUGGCAAUCUUUGGGAAAAAGCCAACCCAAGGAAGGGACUGGAAAUUAAAGGUCUAUCUCAUAGACGACUCGACCACAGCU